AUGCUCACCUCGGAGAACAAUGAUGAAGUACUCCAGUCUUAUAAAUCGAUGAUGAAGCUUCUGUUUUCUCAUUAUAACAUAGAGAACGUCAACUAUACCGAGGAAGCCAGAAAUGAAGAGGAGGUGGAGGAGCGUAUCUGGCGCAGCGGAGCUGGCUGGCUAGGCUGGUCUGCUUAUGCUGCUAUCGAAUAUAUGCUUGAGCGUAUUCCACCAGGUAAGGUGCCCUUGUUUCCAUCGGCGGCAAGAAACACUUCCAAAUUGGGGACCAUUACCGCGCGUGACUUUUUGCGCUUCUCCAUCGCUCGCAUGCUGGAGCUGUUUCCCGAAGUCGCGGAGACCAAGGCCCUCAAGCAGAACCUGCAGGAGCCUCCCGUUAUCUCCGGUCCACCCGAGCUCGGGCUCGACUCUGAACAGAUGCUUAACAUGCGUCGCUAUUGGUCAUGCUUCAUCUUCUCCCUGCAGUUGUACCUGGACAUCAGAAACAUUAUGGACUACAGGUUAAAGACGCCCGCCAACGACUGCAGGUCACCGCAAGAACGGCCAUUGAGAACAUGA